AUGUUUAAAUUCGCAGAUCGCUUUGAUGUGGUUCAGAUUCACGAGGAGUUAAAAAAGCCGUACAACGCGACGGCGCCAAAAGACAAAAAGUUGCUCGACAUGGUCUUUGACAUCUACAAGCGCGCUUUUGACCAAACGUAUCCCGCAAACAACUUGGCAAAUUACGACCCAUCGCUAAAUUCGAAAAAAGCAGGCGUCCUGACGCAGCUCCUUUGGGACCGCACCAAAUACGUUGGAUGCGGAUACAGGUUCCACGUCUACCCAAGAUCUACUGGAUACCGCAAGCUCUUCUGCAUCUUCGGCCCAGCGGGCAACGUGAAGGGGGAGCCAGUCUACAGUGCCGGCGAGCCCAACUGCGAGAAAGAGUCGGCGGAGUUUCCAGGAUUAUGUGUGACCGACGAAGCGGAGCAGAAGUUCUUGCCGCUUCCUUGCGAGGACAAAGAUUUCAACACGAAAUACAAAUCGGCACUGUGCACGUCUAGGUCGGAAGUGUACAAAUGGAUCGGAAAAGGCUUUACGAGCAAUUCCUGGGUCUGCAAUGACCCCAAGUACGCAAAUUACACGGAUUUGAACCACGUCAUGUGCAACGAGUCGCCAAGCAGUUGUACCGGAAACAUUAUCAAAGAUCGCUUCAAUGUGAGUCAGUUCCUCGAGGAAUAUAGAGAAGAAUACGACCCGGCAGAGGCGAAGGACAAAAAGAUUUUCACAAUAACUCAGCGUGUCAUUGAGAGCGCUUUUGACAGGGAUGUCUACCUUCCAAAAAACUUGGCUAGAUACUACGAACCGACGGGAGAAAAAAAAUUAUUGGCGGACAGUCUCAUUCAGCUCUUAUGGGACCGCAGCAAAUACAUCGGCUGCGGAUACUGGUACCGGCACCACACCCCUUGGCCAUCUUGCCACCGCCUUCUCUUUUGCGCUUUCGGCCCAGCGGGUAAAGUGAAGGGCGAGCCGGUGUACAAAUUCGGCAAGCCGAGCUGCGAGCGCGAGUCGAAGGAGUUCCCGGGAUUGUGCGUGACCGAAGAGGACGAGAAGAAGUUCUUGCCGCUACCUUGCGACGACAGCGAAUUCAAUGCGACAUACGGGACACAACUGUGCACGUACAAGGAGGAACAGUCAAAAAGGAUCGAAGCGGAAAAUAGCUGCCAUGACCCCAAGUACGAAAAGUUCAAGGAUCGGAUCCACGUAAUGUGUGCCGAAACACCGGCCAGCUGCCCCAAAAAGAACAUCAUCGAUCGCAACAUCACGGACUACGAUAAGCGAGCGUUGGUUCACACGCUGAACGUUUUCCGAUCGCUCACGGCCACCGGACAAACAGGUGGAUAUCCCGCGGCCCUCAACAUGCAGCAGCUCAUCUGGGAUGAAGAACUGGCGACCCUGGCAAACAAAAUGUCCACAUUAUGCAAUCAUUUAGAUCAAUAUGACGUCUCGGUUGAUCGCUUCGAUGUGAGCCUGUUGCACGAAGAAAUAAUCGAGAGCUUCGACUCGACGACGGCCAAGGAGAAAAAGAUACUUGACAUCGCCUUGCAAGUCUACAGCCGCGUCUUUGACCGGACCUACCCUGCCAGGUUCUUGGCCCAAUACAACUCGUCGCUCAAUCCGGGCAAAGCGCACGGCUUGACGCAGCUUUUGUGGGCCCGCAUCAAGUACGUCGGAUGCGGAUUCAGGUUUCACACCGACCCUGCAGAUACCGCCUACCGCAGGCUCGUCUGCCUCUUCGGCCCAGCGUAAGUUUGUUUUCUUUUG